GUUAUAAAUAGAUGUUUGUGUACUGUGGAUUGGACAAGGAAGCAUUUUGUAUGCGACGUAUGGCUUACCACACACGAUAGCUUAACAGAAUGUGUCCGCCCAGUAUCUUGAGUAUGAUCAUACUUGCGACAAUGUUAAAGGAAUACUACGCAGAUCCCUGCUUUUCCUACUCGCUCAUAUCAGGACAUUACAAAAGAUCGUCGAAUUACACAAUAAAGUCAACAGACAUCGCUUUCAGUGACAGUUUCUUGCCCGAAGGAUGGUAUCGUUUUAACAGCCUUGCAGGGAAUGACAUAGUUACUUGGGCGCCGUCUAUAUACCAAUGUGGUACCAUAUACCCAAUAUGGAUGCGAGGAACUUUACCAAUGAAUGGUGAGGGUGAAGUUAACCGGACCGCCUGUAUCGUUGGAUUUAACGGCAACUGCUCGAAAACAUUGACCAUCAAAGUAAAAAACUGUAGAGAAUACAAUGUAUAUCAUCUGGUACCGGUUCCACAAACAUCCACUGGAUACUGCAUAGGAGAAAAAACACAUUGUCCUCCGGGGCAAUCGUCGAUUUCGGGUUUUACCCCAUGUGUAGAUGUGGUCCCCGUAAAUACAAACCCGGCCGUGAAUGCCUCUCUGGAAAAUCAAAUAUCUAAUAUUACGGAACCUGUGUUUAAGUGUCUGUUUGAUGAACCCGUCGGCAGUCCAUACUGGUACGACACCUAUUGGUACAUCAAUACAGAUACUGUCAAAGUGGUAGAGUCUCAACCUUAUCAGAGCAACCAAAGCUGGCUGUACCCCAAUGACUGGGUGGACAAGUAUAAUUUGAACAUGGUGGUCAAAUGCUCAGUUCGAGUUCGACAUAUGCAAACAAGUAUACCAAGCCAUCACAAUUAUAGUGAGGACUUCCAAGCUGGGAUGUUUCCCUCGUCAUUUAUUUACCACCUCAAAGAAGGGGGAACAAUUUCCAUCAAGUUUACUGUAACUGUUCCUGUUGGAUGCUUAGACCAAUACCGUCAAUACCUCUGUAAAACUAGCAUAUUUAUAUUUACCCCCGAGUAUCAAUCUUCAACGAGGUCAUGCCAAAAUUUCAGUAAACAGGGUGAAGUGUCUUUUGAAGACAAUUACUGUGGCAUUAUCAUAGAAAGCUCAAACUGGUGGAAAGAGAGGAUUCUUAAUGUUACCGGAAAAACUGACGGACUGAUUAACAAGAGAGAUAGGGACGUAUAUAUAAAAUUAGGCUCAUUAACAGAUAGUCCAGACGAUAUAUCGGGUGUUUGGUACAACUUUACCAUGCCUGAUAUAAAGAUAUUUCUUAGCGAUGAAGAUAAGAAAAUUGAAAACAUGUAUUGCUAUGCUAGGACAGAUCCAAGAAUGAGAACUUUUGACGGAGUGAAUUGGACGGCGUCGUUGGCAGGAGAAUUUGUUAUGUACAGAGACAUACGACGACAAAUAGCGGUGAGUAGUCUCUUUUCCUCGUGUGUAUGGGAUUCUAAAUCAGCAGGAGAAGGACCCUGCAGCUGUGGUAUUGCCAUCAGGGUAGAAAACUCUCUGUAUGCUCAUCGUACGUGUGCUAAAAUAUCUUAUCACGAUAAAAAAGAACUUAUCCAGCACGAUCUUGUACAUCAUAUUUGUGACGAUCGCCACAUGGUAAUAAAGAAUGAACCUCCAUGGACAAAGAUAACUCUUCCUAACGGGGCGACCGUAAAGUAUAUGUUAAAAAGAAAUUGGAUUUAUGAUACAACCUUGACACCUUCGAUCUUUGAUGAGGACAACGUUGACGGGUUAUGUGGAAAUCCUAAUAAUGAUACGUCUGACGAAUUCGGCUCUCAAAAACCUUCCAUAGAAGAAGCUGCGAAUUUUCAAAACCGCUCAAGGGUUGAUAUAAAUUCCACCGAAAGCCUUUUUGGAGUUGACAGAAUACUAAACAGUGGGAGUUCUCAUUUAAAGAAGUAUUGUGACUGUGCUACGGAAAUCGGACCUAAUGAACAAUCAAUCUCUGAUCACUACAUAGCAAAUUGUUCAAUAGCUACAUCAGCUAUCCUAUGUUCUCAGAUAACUUCUUCAGACAGCUUAACGUCAACAUGCAAAAGUUACAUGUACCAAGGCCGAUUCAGACGCGAUGUCAAUUUCAUAAAUGAUGACAGCGAUGACGUCUCUGAAAUAUUACCUCUUAAACUUGAUCCAAGUUUUGAUCCAAAUUAUAUUCCUCCUACUCCAAGUUGGAAGAAUAAUUGGACGGAAUCAGCAGCUCGUGAAUAUUGUACAAACAUGCUAGUAAAUAACCGGGCCGGGAAAGAAUGUCAGAAAUACAUCCCCAUGAAAAGUUCUACUGAAAUAGCGAUAGAAGAUUGUGUGCUUGACAUAAGGGAUAGUGGGACAACUGAAUUUUCGAGCUACACCAUAGAAUCCAUUAACCAGAACUGUCUUGAACAAAUUAAAAAACACGAAGUCUUCCUUGAACCAAGUAAUACUCAUGGAGCGUCUGUCGUACAAAUGAUAGGUCAGCUUGUUUGUUUAAACAAUUGUUCCAACAAUGGUGAUUGCAAGGAAGGCAUGUGCAAUUGCGAUGAUGGAUAUGUUGGUACAGAUUGUUCGCACGAGAAAUCAACACCACCUUCCAAUUUAACGUUACCGGAACAAGGAGUAUGCAAAACAAGCAAACGAGCAUGCGUUAAAACAAACAUCAUUGGUUACUUUGUCACCCAAACAGUUUUUGCGAAAUUGGAUGAAUUUGAGAUUACAGAUUUGGGAAGGACAAGGACGCUUUCAACUUACCUUUCCCGAGCGACUUACAUCAAUCCAACCAUUUUAAAGGUCGACAUUCCAACCAGCUACCGUAAAAAGCGAUCACCAUCAAUAAAUAUUUAUGCAAGUGGUUUUUACAUAAGUUUAUCCUAUAAUGCGAAAAACUAUAGCGAUUCCGUGACAUUGGUCAUCUACAAUGACUUAUGUUAUAGCUGCAGUGCAUUAACAAUGGAAUGCAACAUGACGUCUACCUGUAACCAAAUUCCCGGAAUAACCCAAAAUCCAACUGAAAAAGAUCAAACAUCCACGUCUUUGAUUAUCAGCCUUUGUGUUGUUUUGGUGCUCAUAAUUGGAACAAUUAUUGUCAUGAUAUUAUUGAAACGAAGACACACAGGUCAUUUUAGCCCUUGGUGUGUAGAAAAGAAAAAACCACAACAUUUGCAAAACCAUCCACCAGUUCAGUGCUACGAUACGAUAAACCUCGACCUAAAAAAAUCUACAUCUCAAAACUACGAGAUACUCAAGCCAGCAGUAGUGGGCAGAUCCAAUGCUGCAUUUGACGGCUAGACAGAAGACAGGGCAGCUUUCGGUCAUCUCAAUGUUUAUUGAUCAAAAAACUCAACUUAAAACGAACUGAUUUCUAUGCUUUUUCCUUCUUUUUUUUAAAUUGUUUUUUACAAAAAGGCCUUUUAAUAUUCAAAAUAUUUUUAUUCGUAUUUUGUUUUCCGGGAACGAAUUCCAGAGUCCAAAAUCUCCGAGCAGCAUACAACUAAUGAAUUGACCAUCUGUCCAUGCCAAAUUCAAAAAAAAAUGUUGAUGGAGAUUUGAAGGAAGAGAGUGUAGAUAAAGUUAUCUUUGUACAGUGACAUAUAUACAAGAAUAACAUAUAAAUUGUACAUGUAAAUAUAGUUAAAUAUAGUUAAAUUUUAUAGUUUAUCUUGUCUUUACCGAAUUCUGACUGAUAGACCAUUUAUUACAGACAGGUUAGUUUGCUUUGUUUUACUUUUUCGUGCUUUUAGAGAGAGAGAGAGAGAGAGAGAGAGAGAGAGAGAGAGAGAUAUCUUUAUAUACAUACAUGUAUACUUAAUAGCUUUCAAUUUCAUGUUAUUUUUGUGUUGCUUUCAAUAAAUAUGUAUUGUUUAUAUUUAUUUUACAAGAGGUAAAAUGUUAGACAAUGGCUUACUGUACUACCUGGAUGAUAUGAACAGCACAAAUCAAUUUCAGAAGUUUGCCGCCUAAAUUCUGAAGUACAAUCAAAAGUUAUUUAACAAAUAUUGUCAUACUCUCUUUAAUAUUAGUUGUCUCAAUUUUGUUUAAUAUUUAAACUAAUUCACUGCACUUAUUUUCAAUGUACUAGUAAGUGUUUGCUAAUAUUAUAUGUAGUUUUUAUGAUACGUGUAAAAUGUUAUAGUCGGAGAAUAUCUAUAAACUGCUUUUAUU